GCAAUGAAGUACCAGGUGCCCUGAAUCUUGUCAAAGAUUUCCUGUUUGCCACAAACCUAGAUAAAAAUCACUGGUACUAGCUUGAUGGAGCCCAGCAGCUGUGCUGGCUCAGAACAUGAAGCUGCGGAAGUCUGUGAAGGUCAGGUCGUGGAGAAGCCUUCAGUCAGAGUGAGGAUAGAAGGAAGCGUUUUCACAGUGGACAAAGCACUCCUGGAAGACAACUGCGAAUACUUCCGGGCUCUUUUCCAAUCGGGAAUGAAGGAAUGCCAGCAGGAGGAGAUUCACCUCCAAGUAGUGAGUGCUCGUGGCUUUCUGGUUGCACUCCAGGUGAUACAUGGUGAGAGACCUAUUCUGAGUGAUGAUGACAUCUUCAAAGCCAUAGAGUGCGCCGCCUUCCUUCAGGUGCAGCCUCUUGUCAGGCACCUCGUAAACACCAUCAAUUCCGAUAACUGCCUUCUCAUGUUUCACACAGCUGCUACUUACGGCUUGUUAGAACUCUUUAAGAGAGCAGCUUUGUUUAUUUGUGACAUGUAUCAAGACUUGAAGGAGCAUCUGAGGUGUUUGCCAAAGGAACUAAUCGAUUACGUCGAAUCUCUCAUUCCUAGUUCGUAUGUUAUGAUCGGCACCUAUUCUCCCAGCACCAAGCUCCUUCAGGACUUCAUGAGGACGGUUUGUUAUCUCAAUGAAGAUGAGAAAGAAUGGAAAGUCCUCACUCACCUACCGCUUGAUGCUAGCACCACCAUGGCUGGGGUUACGGUUCGGGAUAACAAGCUCUACAUUGUUGGUGGUGUGUACAACAUUAGCAAUAAAGUUGUAGAUUCUGGCUUCUGCUAUGAUGUGGCCUCAGAUACCUGGAGCACAUUUUCUAGUCCCCAACAACUUCGUUAUAACUGUACCUUGGUAGGAUACGAAGGUUCCCUCUACGUGCUUGGUGGUGAGUAUGAAAGAACCACCAUGUCAUCUGUUGAAAAGUACAACGUCUCCACAGACACAUGGACCUUUGCUGCCCAUCUUCCAAGACCUGCGUUGGCAGUACCUUGCACCAAGAGCAUGGGUAGGAUCUUCAUCUGUCUCUGGAAACCUAAAGAUGCCACAGAGAUCUACGAAUACCUACCAGUCAAGGACGAGUGGAUUCUAGUGACCACCCUCAUAAGACAUCAAAGUUAUGGACAUUGCAUGGUGGCCCACAGGGACAACUUGUAUGUGAUGAGGAAUGGACCAUGUGAUGACUUCCUGAGAUGCAUGAUAGACACCUACAACCUGACCACAGGUCAGUGGACAGCCAUGCCGGGACACUACGAGAACAGCAAAGGGGCUUUGUUCACAGCAGUGGUGAGGGGCGACUCUGUUUUUACAGUGAAUCGCAGGGCGACGGUGGAGUAUUCCAUUGAGGACAGCAAAUGGAGGACGAAAAAAGAGAUGACGGGGUUUCCAAGAAUUGGCUCCAUGUGGACUUUUCUCCUGAGACUGCCAAAGAAAAGCAAAGAGCCUCUGGGAAAGCCAGAUUUGACUAGUGGCCAACAUUUUGAAGUCCCUUCUGACCUUCCAAGCUCUUCUGUAGAAUGCUAUGAUUGA